UCGAGGGUUGACAUGGUUGACACCUCUGGUACUAUUUUAUUAUGCAGCUUUAAUUUUCUUAUUCCUUAAUAUUCAAUGAAGUAUGGAUGUUAAAAUCCUAGAAAUUAUAUUAAACAGCUGUGAGACAGUGACGAAAGAUUUCGAAAGCUCGAAGGACUACAGAAGGCUGUUGCAGAAAGAUCAAUUUUUGCCAACGUCCGAGGAUUUAUUCAAUGCACUGUGUUUAUCCUUAACAAAAUUAUUGUCGUAUAAAGUGUCUAAAGAAGCAAGUCAAUAUUACACCGCCCGAUUGAGCGUAAUCGGUCUUCUCAGAGAUUGGUGUAGGAUCAAGGACACCCUUGAAAAGUUCAAGAUACUGAGAGACGAAAAGCAGGCUUUGAAGUUACGUAACAAUUUAUUGGAAAAUUACUUGACCGAUGAUGUUUUAGAUAUCUGUGACUCCGUCAGUGAUCUGGCAUCACUGACCAGUGCUUUAAUAUGUUUAACUAAUACAAAUUCGUAUUAUAAAUGUUACCUAGAGAAACUAUUGUUGAAACUAGCAAAGUUAGAAAGUUGUGACGAGAGUGAAUAUUUAUUGUGUUAUGCCGUCCAAAAAGGUUCUGAUCUGAGCCUCCAGUUUUCAAUCAUAGAAAAUAUAUAUGAGUCACAAAGGUGUAAAUUUAUAGAACAACCGCUGCUAAGUGAUUUCAUGUCACAGUGCACUAAUUUGGCUGAAGAUAACGAUGAUAAUUCAGAGAAUGUAAGCUUGACGAAUCAAUUAUUUGUAUUUGCUAGCAAAUCUCCUCAUAUUUUUGUAUUAAUAUGCGGAUUUCUGAAGGAAUUGCUAGUGCAGUUAGAUUAUGCUUCUACAGUUAUGAAAUUUAUCCAAUCUGUACUUGAACGAAUCAAGGGACACUGUGAAAGUUCUGGUGGCGAUAUUCUAGAUCUUUAUCCACGAAAUUUACAGUCGUUGAUCAUUUUACUACGAAUAGAACCAUCGUAUCAUACAAAUCAUACUGAAGGCUCGAUGUUGAGGAGAUUGAAAGCUAUUUACGACGAAGACAAAGACACUGUAAUAAUGUUGUUAUCACAUUACCCCCAGUGGUUAAAGCUAACUGGAGAAUAUUUGCGUUUGACUGAUAUUGAGUGACGUACGAUGAAGAUGAAAAUUUUAUACAUACUGAUUAUACCCUUUUUAAAGACUGUUGACAAAUGAAUUUAUGUAUUUUAAAUUGAAUAAAUUAACGCAUU